AUGCCUUCUGUGAUCGAAGAGGUCACGACCACGCUUGAGGAGUUUGUGCCGACGAAAAGCGAUGGAUGGGUCGCCGCUGACAGAGAGCGUAGACGUUCGAUGCUCGAUGAGAUGAAGAACCUCAACCACCGAGACCCGAUUGACUUCUUAGUGCAAUGCACAUUGGCGUCGGAUGCCGUAGCGCUUCAUACUUUGCCUCUGCAUGAGGAAUUCGAGACAGCUAUCGAGCAGGAAGGUUGGACGAAGGCAGCGAUGUGCGAGAUGAGGACAGCCGAUAGCUUCUUGAAAGAGUCAGCGAGAGUGGAUGGCCUCGGCAUGUUUUCUCCUCCGCGCAAGGCGUUGACGGAUCUCACGUUGUCCAACGACACAUUGACCCCCAUGGGCAACCUUUUCACUGCCGCGGCGACGGCUACGCAUCUGCACGGCGAGUUCUAUGACAGGCCCGAAGCUUUUGAACAUUUCCGCUUCUCGGACGAGCGGGCAGAGGAGAGCGAGAAGAACAGGCAUCAUCUUGUUACUCCUUCAGCGGAGUGUCCGAAUCUUAGCCAUGGAAAACACGCCUGCCCUUGUCGAUUCUUUGCCGCGAACGAGCCAAAGGUGAUAUUGGCGAACGUCGUGCUCUCUGACGACAUCAAGUUCGCAGACAAAGCGCGGCCAAAGAACGAGUCUUGA